GUGAGAACUUUUAUUAACUGUCGCUGAAGUAGGAAGCAAUGAAAAAUGUAGGUGGAGGGUCUAUCUGAUGCACAAUUUGGGUUUGCCUUACAACAGCAAUACCACGGAUUAGUUGUACAGCCAAAAACUUGAAGAAAAAAAUGUCGGAUGAAGAGGAAUUUGAAGAAAUUGAACGAAUUGUGCUUGGAUUAGAUGAGCCUGAUUUUGAUCUUUACGACCGUGUUGCGUGCUUAGAUAUGGUAAAAGCACAUCAACUUGAAAGAAAACGACGACAGUUUCACAGUAUGGGAAAUCUUCGUGAAGGAGGUGGAGGAACAACAGUGACAGGAGAAAUGGCUCCAACGUUAGUUUUAAAUUUUUUGGGAGGAUUUUUUUGGGAAAAUAGCAAUUUUUAUAAAUUUCUUCCAACGGGGAAAAAAUUUAGAAAAAGAGGGAAGCACAGUUGGAGAGUUUUUUAG